GCAGCAACAACAACAACAACAACAUGUAACAACUAACAAGCAAUGUUGAUGUCGAAGUGUUGAACAUACCAUAAUACUAUAUUAUUUUAUGUUGUAUAAAUUGUAUAUAAUAUUUCAGUCUUCAAUACUUGUAUUAGUUGUAAAUUGUAACAAGUACUAACAACCACGAGCCACGUCGACGAUUGCGAAAAUAUUCAUAAUUCUACUUGAUACCAGCUCUAAUAAUAAUAUGUCCUAUAAAUUAUAGUUUUUGUGUGUAAUAUUGUAUAAUUCUGUUUGAAAUACUGAACAUGGUCCACUCGCACCGUACAAAAAACUAUGAUGAGUUUAUUGCGCUCAUGAAAACAUUGGAGGAAUCAAAACAGCAGACUUUUGUUGUUUUCACGGGUACGCCCAAUGAGAGUGGUGAGAGUUGGUGUUCAGACUGCGUUUUAGCCGAUCCAGUCAUCAAGAAACAGAUUGAACACAAUGAGGAACAUCUAAAAGACACAAAUAUUGUAUAUGCUCAAGUUGGCACAAGAGAAGAAUGGAAGAAUAUCAAUGACAAUCCAUUUAAAUUGGACAAAAAAAUACGGUUGCAGUUCUUACCUACGCUGCUUAGAUGGGGUACAUUGCAUAAACUCCAAGUGGAAGAAUGUUUAAAACCUGAUUUACUUAACAUGAUCUUCGAAGACACAGAAGAUGAUUCUUAAGAUAUACACAACUUAUUAAAAAAUAUUGUUAACUAUAAUAUAAAUGUAUUUAUUUAUUUA